GAGAACCACGAAGGCUCGCGCGAGAGAACGAGAUUGAGCUGGCUGUGCGAAGUGGGUGGAGGUGGGUGGAGGGAGUGAAGAGGAAGGGGAGGAGGUGCCGUCCCACAAUACCAGGCGGGAGGGCGGGUAGGAGAUUUGUAUCCGGGCUGUGAGGUGCUCCGAGGCUCCGCGGAUCUUGCUGCCUCUGUCUCUUUAACGCGAGAGGAAGCGAUGCAGAGGGGUGGAAAAUGGCAGAGCUGCAGAUGUUACUAGAGGAGGAGAUCCCGUCUGGCAAGAGGGCGCUGAUAGAGAGUUACCAGAACCUGACCCGGGUGGCGGACUACUGUGAAAACAACUACAUACAGGCAACAGAUAAGAGAAAAGCUUUAGAAGAGACCAAAGCCUACACAACCCAAUCCCUUGCUAGUGUUGCUUAUCAAAUAAAUGCAUUGGCCAACAAUGUACUCCAAUUGCUGGACAUCCAGGCCUCUCAGCUUCGUAGAAUGGAGUCAUCCAUCAAUCAUAUCUCACAGACUGUGGAUAUUCAUAAAGAGAAAGUGGCUCGAAGAGAGAUUGGUAUUUUGACAACAAAUAAGAAUACUUCCAGAACUCACAAAAUAAUAGCACCUGCAAAUAUGGAGCGCCCUGUAAGGUAUAUUCGGAAACCUAUUGACUAUACGGUUCUGGAUGAUGUGGGCCAUGGUGUUAAGUGGCUAAAAGCCAAGCAUGGAAAUAACCAGCCUGGAAGAACUGGCACAUUGUCGAGAACAAAUCCUCCUACUCAGAAACCACCAAGUCCUCCCAUGUCAGGUCGGGGAACAUUGGGACGGAAUACUCCUUAUAAAACCCUGGAGCCUGUUAAACCCCCAACAGUUCCUAAUGACUACAUGACAAGUCCUGCUAGGCUUGGAAGUCAGCACAGUCCAGGAAGGACAGCUUCGUUAAAUCAGAGACCAAGGACACACAGUGGAAGUAGUGGAGGAAGUGGAAGUCGAGAAAAUAGUGGAAGCAGCAGUAUUGGCAUUCCCAUUGCCGUGCCUACACCUUCACCACCCACUAUUGGACCAGCAGCCCCGGGCUCAGCUCCUGGUUCCCAGUAUGGCACAAUGACCAGGCAGAUUUCUCGACACAACUCUACCACUUCUUCAACAUCUUCUGGUGGAUACAGACGAACUCCCUCUGUGACUGCUCAGUUUUCUGCUCAGCCUCAUGUUAAUGGAGGUCCACUUUAUUCUCAAAAUUCAAUUUCUAUUGCUCCACCCCCUCCCCCUAUGCCUCAGUUGACUCCACAGAUACCUCUCACAGGCUUCGUGGCCAGGGUGCAGGAAAACAUUGCUGAUAGCCCAACCCCUCCGCCACCACCUCCACCAGAUGACAUUCCCAUGUUUGAUGACUCUCCACCUCCACCGCCUCCACCUCCGGUGGACUAUGAAGAUGAGGAGGCUGCAGUAGUUCAGUAUAAUGACCCAUAUGCAGAUGGGGAUCCUGCUUGGGCCCCCAAGAAUUACAUUGAGAAAGUUGUGGCAAUAUAUGAUUAUACAAAAGACAAGGAUGAUGAGCUAUCAUUUAUGGAGGGUGCAAUCAUUUAUGUUAUAAAGAAGAAUGACGAUGGCUGGUAUGAAGGAGUCUGCAAUCGAGUGACUGGUCUGUUCCCUGGGAACUAUGUUGAAUCAAUCAUGCACUAUACUGAUUAAAUUUUUUGCUUCUAAAGUAGGUUCUUAUUAUUACUCAGUCAUACUGUGGGACUAUCAUGGUUAACAGAAUUGUCUUAAAAUGUUCCCAUAUUUCAGGCCAUGCUGUUUUAUUGGUAUAAUUGAAUGUCUACCUGUAAGCAUCAAUCUUUGAGGCAGUUUGUGUAUUGCUAACAAGCAAUUUUUUUACAAGAUGCUGUCCAUAAUGAUUAUGCUUAUAUACUUACACAUUGUUAACUUUAUGACCAGCCUAAAUAUUCUGGGGGUGUGGGGUAUAAUAUUUAACAAAUCAUGAUUCAGAUUGUACCAUAACAUGUUUCAGUGCAGCAUGAUUAACGCUAUGUCAGACUAAUAUUAAAAUCAGAAACCUUAAAUGCUGGUGCUGGUCAGACUUUUUGUUUAGAUUCUCAUUCUUGAAAUAAACUGUUUAAAGCAUGCAUACAAAUUCAUGUACUGAAGUAUUCUUAAAAAAAAAAAAAUCCAAGAAGCUUCCAAUUUGUGUACUAUGUACAUGGAACACUUAAGUCUCCAAAUGAGUUUAGUCUCUUAAGGUCUCCAUGUGAAACUAAACAAACAAAAAAGGUGAUCUGAAAUGUGAUUUGUACCUGAGUUUUUUAAUGAGUGAAUUUGCGUUAUAAAUUUUUUCCAUUCAUAAAUACAUAAGUGAACCAAAGGUUUUUGUCCUUUCCAUUACUGAUUUGCUUUAAAAAACAAAAACAAAUAAAAGAUACCGAUUUAUUAAAGAAUUAUGGUUCUACUUUCCCAAUAUAUUAACUUUGAAAAACACUCUAGCCUUAUCUCAAUCUGUCAGCAGUAAUGUGUGAUUUUCAUGAUUUACAAUCUGAGAUGGUUAUUUACAAUUCAAUCUACUGAAUUCUUUUUCUAAAGUAAUUUUUUCAAUGCUAAGAAAAUUUAUCAAAAUGCAUUCUGUAGGUAAAAUUCUUAAGGAUUGCUAUCCUUAAACAUUCCUUCAGUUUUCCAGUGAGCUGUUACAUUACUGGUCCAGUGAAAGGAAAUUAUAAGUAUCUUUUACAUACUGUUUUUGUAGAAGUGGAUGCAGUUGGUUUUUGAAUAGGCACUAUUUAGUCCAUUACCUGGCACUAGCAACAACACAAAGAUUUUUUAAAUAUUUGGGGAAAAAAGAUGGGUCAUAUUAAAUCAGUGAACAGGGAUAUAUACCUACCAACAGAUUUGUAUUGUCUUUUGAUAUAAUUGAAAUGCAACACAUGCACUUUGUGUGUCUCCUCUUAAUUUAAGGGAGGGUUCAAGGGAUGUUUUCUCUUCUUAAUUUGUGUAUAAUUCUACAUUGCCUAGGAUUUUUAAAUAGAGCACUCAAGUGUGGGUUUCUGUGUAUUGAGGAUUUGUUUGGAUUUCAAAUUACAGUUAUGUAUUGGGUGUUACAGACCUGUAACAGCAUAGUAAAUGUUAAGACUAGUGCAAAACAUUAUUUCUGAAAAUUAAAGACCAUUAUUGCUACCAAAUGAAUGUGACUGUUGGAUAUGCAUUUUGCUUUUGUUAAUCUUCAGACAUGCUUUUAGUAUCAGUAGUGACCAGGUAGCUACUUUUAUUUCACUUUUCCCAGUGGAAUGUUCUUAAUCUUGUAUAUAGUCUGUUGUCUAAACUUCAUGUACAGUCUUUUAUAAUAAAACAUUCUCCUAUAUGAAAUUUUGGAUACUGUUAAAAUCUAAUGUGGACAGAGAUGUAGAGAAUAAUUUUCUGACCUAUGAUAAGACCAGAAAAACCAUUUGAAUUUUAACAUUAUUUAUUGUGUAAUGACUUUACAUGUCAAUAUUAACAGUAUAAACAGUACCACAUAUAACCCUUAAGAUAUCUCGGUAAGAAUUUAUAGGGACUAGAAUGACAGAUUCAGAUAGUUAAUUACAUUUAAAAAGUUUUCUGAAAAAAAUUUGCCAAUAAAAAAAUUGCCCACCC